AUGGACGCUUAUUACGACGACACAACCUUUGUUUUUGAAGAGAACGAAGAUCCUUGUUGCAAUGGAUGCUCGAAGCCCAUUGAGGACGGUUCAGUCGUGCAAUUCGGUGACGGCAUUUGGCACUUUGAAUGCUGUCAUGCUUGUCAUGAAGCCAUUAAAGAUGAGGCCAUUAUGACAGGCGACGAGGCAUACCACGCUGAUUGUUUCCGCUGCGUUCAAUGUAAUAUCAGAAUCGAAGAUCUCGUAUUUACACAGACUAGCAAGGGUAUUUUCUGCACAGCGUGUCACGAAUUACGAAAACAAAUGCGUCAAAAACGAAAGGAAGAACGUCUUUUACUUCAGCAACAACAGCAACAACAGCAACAGCAACACGCAAACGAUAGUAACUCUUCUUCUACGCUCGUCCGGGACCCCUUGUACCGAAUUCAGCUUGGUCUUCAACGAGGCGAUUCAUUGGAUUCUACCACGGGCCGAGGUAUCGUUGCAAACAAAGAACGAAGAGGAGGUAUCUCGGGCAAUGAUUCUCGACUCGACAGUAUCCUGAACGACAAGGAUCAAGGCACAUCAAAGAAUGUUAUCCUCAGUUCGCGUGAACUCAGCGAACUUAAUCAGAUGCUGAAUACUGGACUGACAGAAGAUCAAAGUUCGCCUGCAGCAACAAAAGCAGCAACCAAUACGACCACCUCACACGAAAACAUCCCUAGCCCACCCAGAACCCGAGGGUCAAGCUCUCCAUCAUCUGACGUCACAUUUCAAUCGCUUACCGAUGAAAUCGAUGCCGUCGAACUCCCUGCCUCUAUUGAUCCUUCUUCAGCAACCGACGAACAGACUCGAAUAGCACAGCUAGAACGUGAAUUACGAAGCACGAAAAGCCAGCUUAAAGAAGUCGAUACCAAGUUUAACAAGAUCAAGGCAAUAAGCAGGAAAGCGCUGGACGAAUUCCAUAUUGUUAAAGAAGGCUAUGCCGCCGAGGUCUCUGCUCGACAGAAUGCCGAAGCCAUAGCAGCCAAAUUGAAAGCAGAGCUCUUGGUUUAUCAUCAAGCAUCCAUCUUUGGCAACGGUGAAGCAAUCACAAUCACAAAAAAGCAAGUCGAAAGUUUGGGUCAGAUGAAGGCUGCGCUUGAACAACUGUGCAAGGAACUCCGUAUCCAUCGCGAUGAACUUGUGUUUGAGAUGACGAAUGCGGCUGCCACUCGAAUGUCAACGGAUGUGGUAUGGGAAAAGAACCAUCAGGCGAACCAACAACAGCUACGAUCGGUCCAAGGCGAUAUCGAGGCUGCCAAAUUGGGAUAUGCGCGCCUUGUCAAGGCUCGAGAUGAUAUUAUCAACGAAAUGAUCAUGCUCAACACCAAAAACGCCGAGUUGACGACACUGAACAAUGACUUGUCGCGACGUGUCACAGAACGUGAACGUGAAGCUUUGGCUGUGAUGGCUGGUACAAGCUUUUUGGGCGAUGACAGUAAUAAUAAUACCAGCAACAAAAGUGGUAGUGGUGCUGCUGCGUCGGAUGGUAAUGCCAACAAGCAGCCACAACUACACCUGCAGCAACAAGAUUCAGGAUUGGAUCUCAAUAAUAGCGUAUCUUUGGAAAGAAAAUCGUCGGAUCAUCAGAACGUUCGCAAGAUUGCUCAACGCGAUAGUAUUAGCAAGGCAGAGCCGCCCAAGAUGUUCAAGUUCCGUCGCAACAAGUUUGGUCGUCGCAACAACAGCAACAGUAAAAAGAACAACACGAAUAAUAAUAGCGACAAGGAGAAUGACACUACAAUGACGAUCGGUGUGCCCUAUGAUGCCAAUGUCGCUGGUCAGCCGCUCGGCAAUGCUGGACCGGAAACUCUACAACAGGGCAGUCGACAAAAGACGAGUAACAAUAACGAGCUUAUCAAGGAAUUGGAAAACACGGCUGCGCGUGGUCGUGCCGGACACAACUUUGCACAAACGCGUUUCUUGCGACCCUGUAAAUGUGAUGUGUGUAAUGAAAAGAUGUGGCGUGUCAGUGAACUCAAAUGCCAAGCCAUGUUUGGCAACGAUCUUGUAGCGCAGGUCCGCUCCGAGAACGGCACUGUACCGAAAAUCGUGCAAAAGUGCAUUGAGGCUGUAGAAACCCGAGGCAUGGAUUUCGAAGGAAUAUACCGCAAGUCGGGUGCUGCUGGUCAGAUGCGGCUUAUCCAGCAAGCCUUCGAGAACGGAGACGAAACAUGCAAUCUAUGUGACGAGGAUCAAUGGAACGAUAUCUGUGCCAUUACCAGUGUAUUGAAGCAAUACUUCCGAGACCUGCCCAAUCCAUUGUUCACACAUGAAAUGCAUAGCAACUUUAUGGAUGCUGCCAAACCAUCAUCAUCUACCGAUCAACAAUUCGCACUCUAUCAAAAAGCCAUCCACUCACUUCCUUCUGAAAACUACAAUACGCUCAAAUACCUGAUGCAACAUCUCGACAAGGUGCAGCAACAGAGCCAGGAGAAUCUCAUGACGACCAAGAAUUUGGCCGUGGUCUUUGGACCUACAUUGAUGCGCAACCGGGAUGAGGGGCUAGACAUUGUUGACAUGAAUCACAAGAUCAAUGCGAUCGAGUAUAUUCUGAGCCAUUUCAAGACCUUGUUUGCUGACCCAGCACCAGGACAACACAACCAUUCAUCGCCGUUGCCUUCGGCAUCCAGUCGACGCAACUCUCUAUCCGUGGCUGCACGCAAGCACCAUCGUCGUGAACUUUCCACGGAUGAUCUGCUUCGUCAGGUGCCACCAGCAGUGCCACCAAAACAAAACGCAGGCUAUAUCUAG